AUGGCGGGCUUCUCUCCCUUCGAGGUCAGCGCGCCCCACAUCAUCUACGUCGGCCUGGGCGCCUUCAUCUGCAUCUUCUCCUACCUCUCCCUCUUUAUCAAGGAGCGCCUCUACCUCGGCGAGGCACCCAUCGCCGCCGCCUUUGGCAUCAUCGUCGGACCCAUCGCCAUCGACCUCUUCAACCCGGCAAAGUGGGGCGGCGAGUCCGGCGAGACGCCCGGCGGCCACAUCACCGACGAAGUCACCCUCGAGGUCAUGCGCGUCACCAUCGCCCUCUCCGUCUUUGCCAUCGGCGUCGAGCUCCCCAAAAAGUACCUCCUCCGCCACUGGCGCUCCAUUGCCAUCCUCCUCGGCCCCGUCAUGCUCUGGGGCUGGCUCGUAUCGGGCCUCUUUAUCUGGGCCUUUAUCCCGGGCCUCGACUACCUCACCGCCCUCGUCGUCGCCGCCUGCGUCAGCCCCACCGACCCCAUCCUGGCACAGGCCGUCGUCGGCGGGCCCUGGGCCGACAAGCAUGUCCCCGCCCAUGUCCGCCACAUGCUCAUGUGCGAGUCCGGCUGCAACGACGGCGCCGCCUUCCCCUUUCUCUACCUCGCCCUCUACCUCACCCAGAACCGCGGCAACGUCGGUUACGCCAUCGGACACUGGUUCUACGAGACGUGGGCUUACGAGAUCAUCCUCGGCACCCUGCUCGGCGCCCUCAUCGGCUACGGCGCCCGCAAGUUUAUGCGCUUCUCGGAGCGCCGCAAGCUCAUCGACCGCGAGUCGUUUGUCGCCCAGUACAUCUCGCUCGCCAUCGUCAGCAUGGGCGUCAACGUGUUGCUGGGCUCCGACGACCUGCUGGCCGCGUUCGCCUGCGGCACCGCGUUUGCCUGGGACGGCUGGUUCACCAAGCAGACCGAGGACUCGAACUUUUCCAACAUCAUCGACCUCCUCUUCAACAUUGCCACCUUCAUCUACAUUGGCGCCCUGAUCCCCUGGCACGACUUUGCCAAUGCCGAGAUCGGCCUCAGCGUGUGGCGCCUGAUUGUCAUCACCGUCCUCGUCCUCCUCCUCAAGCGCCUCCCCGUCAUCCUCGCCCUCUGGAAGUGGAUGCCCGACGUCAAGACGUUCCGCGAGGCCGUCUUCGUCGGCCACUUUGGGCCCAUCGGAUGCGGCGCCAUCUUUAUCGCCACCCUCGGCCGCACCCUGAUGCCCGAAGAGGUGCCCGAGACGCCCGGGUCGGUCAACGAGGUGCUGGCCAACGUCAUCCAGCCCAUCGUCUACUUUUUCGUCCUCUGCUCGAUCAUCGUCCACGGCCUCACGAUCCCCUUUUUCGCCUUCGGCAAGAACGCGCACCGGCGCGCGCACACCCUGACGCGGACCUGGAGCCGCAACCCCUCGAUGGCCGCCGAGGAGCCCGGCUGGAUGAGCCGGGACUGGGACGACGACGAGCACUUUGACCCGGCCAGCGACUACCUCGGUGACAACUGCGCCGAGAUGAAGCGCUACCGCGCCCAGCUGGCCGCCAAACGCGAGGCCAAGCGGGCCAUGCAGCGGCGGCAGUCGUCGUCGAUGGCGGCGCCGACGCAGCAGCAGCAGCAGCAGCAGCGGUCGCGGGACGAGCUCGAGGAGCAGGACCUUGGCGAAGCGCCCAUGGACCGCGACCUGAUCAGCGGCCGCAUCGGACCCGCGGACGAGGACGAGCUGUGCCGCCAGGACCGCGAGGGACAGGCCCACUUCUACCACGACGACGUCGCCAGCGCACGGCGCGGGCAACAAGCUGCCGGAGCGCAGCGGCAAGGAGGGAGCGGAGACAGCGAGGACAGCGAGGACGGCAAAUGGCCGCGGCUGCGCGACUGGGUCGAGGGCAAGCAGCUCGUCCUCGAGUACCAGGAGAGCUACUCGGACGAUCCCAAGGUGCAGACCAUCAAGCUGACCGACGACGAGGCCGAGUCGCUCGCCGAGGCCGAGAGCCCGGCCCACCAGUGGCUGCAGCGCAACAAGGCCGAGGUGGGCGAGAUCCUCGGCAGCGAAAAGCACCACCAGUGGAGCCCGGCCGAGUCGGCGCAUCGGCUCAUGGAGCACGGCGUGCCCAAGUUCUGGAGCAAGCGGAGGCGGGGCUCCACUGGAGGGGCGAGCGUCCAGUCGGGGCGCGACGAGGGCGGCCAAGCGCCCUGCAAGACCCUCGACGACAUCCACGACCGGGUCGACCAGCGGCGCGAGGGCCGCGAGAGGGACGCAGACGUGCAGCCGCAGCAGCGUCGAUACGUGGCCGCCACCGAACCCGAGGCCGAAUCGCCCGCCGAGCGCGACGAGCGGGCAGCCCUGCUCUUUGGCGCCAUGACGUGGGCGCGCGACAACCGGGACCACGACGAGCCCACCGCUGCCGUCGCCGCCCCGAGCCGGGGCAAGAUGGCGUCGGUCGAAGAGGCCGACGAGCCGCCGAGCACGCCCCUCGGCCGUGGCGAUGCGGUCCCGCGCAUGGAGACGCUGCGCGACCCUUCGACGAGCCGGCGAUCGUCGACGAGCUCAGGCGGGGGCCGAGGCUCAUCGCAGCAGCAGCAGCAGCAUCCGCCGCCAGCGGCGUCGCACGUGUCGGGCGGUGCGCACGGCUCGAAGCGCUUCUCGCUGCGCAAAAAGGUGCUGAGCGGGCAGAUUGGCCUGUCGGGCCGCCGGCGGCGCGACAAGGCCGCUGCCGACGACGUCGACGACGAGGAAGAAGACGAGAGCCUGGCCGACGGCUCCAAGACGCCCACGGGAUCGGCGUCGGUCGCCUCUGCGCCAGCGGCCACCGGUGGCAUGGGCGCUGCGUCGCGGCCGACGGUCGUCAUCUCGGCACCCCUGGACGGGCCAUCUUUGAGCUCGACGUCGCCCGUCAGGGAGCGGAGGGCCUUUCGCAAGGUGGGGCAGUGCCCGAGCACGUGCUCCCCCGACGGCGGCGGCGGCGACGCGGACGGCGGAAAGGACAAGGCCAAGGCGAGGAGCCCGGCCAAGGAGAAAUUCUUCCCGCGAAGCUCGAGUGCGGGCGCGGGCCUGUCAGAGCACGACCGGUCGCUGCGGUCCGUCGCGCGCACCGACACCGACGACAGCGGGCGGCUGUCUGUGCGCAGCGCCGUGGCACCGUCGGCAGGGUCGUCGACGACCAGCACCACCAGCACCACCACCACCACCACCACCAGGACGACGGCGAGCGGCAGGGCGCACAACCGGCACUCGAGCAUCCAGUGGCUCGACGUGGCCGACGGCACGCACGACCACCGCCCGCUGCGGCACAACAGCGACGACUCUGCCGGUGCCGGAGAGACGCGGCGGACGCGCACGCACAGCUCGUCGACGUCGUUUUCCAACGGCCCCACGUCGUCGUCGUCGUCGACGGUGACGGACGAGGUCGAGCAGGACGGCGGCGGCGGCGGCGGCGGCGGCGGCGGCGGAGGAGGAGGAGGAGACCUGGGCAACCUGGCCGAGCGGGGCAGGAACCGGCUGGUCAACUUCUUUUCGACGUUUACCGCGCCAAAGGGCGAGGGGAUGGGUAACCCGGGGCCCAGCUCGCACCCGCACCUGUUUUCCGGCCAUGGCGGCGAUGACGAUGACGAUGACGGCGACGGCGACGGCGACGCGGAUGGGGAUGGUGACCGGCCUCUGGAGAGGGGACCGGCAGGGCACGAGGUGAGGCAUGCCAACUCGGCCCCGCCGCCCGGUAGCUCCGGCUCCGGCGGAGGAGGAGGAGGGGGGUUGAGGGUCAUGAUUGAUAUGCCGGGCGACGACGAUCCGCCGGUACCUGCUGGGUCCCGGUCGUGA